GUGUGUGGAGUGGGGAAGUAUGUUGAGUGGAUCCGAAGCAAAAGAGGAGGAAAAAGGUUGAGUCGGCUGGGGGAUCCUCCCCGCUUCUCUCUGGGCAGCGGCUAGCAAGCAAAGCAUCUGUGCCAAGACUGCCAAAGGAGAAAAGAACCUCAAACCCACCAACGAAUCCAAUCAUUUCCAUGCCCUGCCUCUGCCUCUGCCUCAGUGUAUACCAAACACUAAAGCUCACUCGUCCCUCACUAUUUCACUUCACUGGAUUCUGCUAGUAGCUUUGCUGCAUUUGCAAUGCCUCCUCCUUUAACCUUUAACCUUUUGCACAGCCAUGCUUCAUGGCUAUAUCAACAGCCCCAGCUCCAUUCCCCUCAUUGCACAGAAACGCCGGCCAUGGGGGAAUGCAAGAGCUCCCGACGCCCCUCGCGCCCUCUCCUCCUCUCCGCCAUUGUUAUUGUGCUCGCCUUCUUUGUCGCGCAAUGCGGAGCGAGGGUGCUGACGGUGGACGAGCUGCUGGACCAGUACUCCGAGUCCGACCACCACCACUCGGCCUCUCCGCCUCCGGGCUCCCCCGGCUGCGCCCCGGAGCCGGACGCGUCGCCGCCGCCCGUCAUCCCGGCGCCGUCCUUCGCCUACCUCUCGCCCCCGCCGCCCAUGCAGUUCUACUCCCCUCCGCCCCCCGAGGUCGUGCCCACCCCGCCUGAGAUCACGCCGAGCCCGCCUGAGGUCACGCCGAGCCCACCGGAGGUCGUGCCUAGCCCGCCUGAGAUCGCGCCACUGCCGCCAGUGGUCGCGCCCAGCCCACCUGAGAUUGCGCCACUGCCGCCGGUCGUCGCGCCCAGCCCGCCUGAGAUAGCGCCACUGCCGCCGGUCGUCGCGCCCAGCCCGCCCGAGAUCGCGCCGCUGCCGCCGGUCGUCGCGCCCAGCCCGCCCGAGAUCGCGCCACUGCCUCCGGUGGUCGCGCCCAGCCCACCGGACAUUGAGCCGUUCCCGAGCCCUCCGGAGGUGACGCCGCUGCCGCCGAUAGUGUACCCGAGUCCACCGGAGGUUGCGCCCAGUCCACCGGAGGUCGCACCGUUCCCAGGGCCACCGGAGGUCACGCCCAGCCCGCCAGAGGUCGCGCCGUUCCCAGGGCCACCAGAGGUCACGCCCAGCCCACCGGACGUGACGCCAUUCCCGGGGCCACCGGAGGUCGAGCCCAGCCCGCCGGAAGUCGAGCCGUCCCCGGGGCCACCGGAGGUGACUCCCAGCCCACCCGAGGUCACGCCGUUCCCAGGGACACCGUACGUGGCGCCCAGCCCGCCGGAGGUCACGCCGUUCCCGAGCCCGCCGGAGGUGACCCCCAGCCCGCCGGACUACGCGCCGUACCCGCCGCCGGAGUCCUCGCCGGGGUCGGGGUCGGGAUCGGGGUCCUCCCCGAGCCCGCCGGGGGGCAGCUUCCAGCCGCCGGUGGUGCUCCCGCCGACGACCGGGCCGCCGUCACCGUCGGCGGGGCACGCCGAGUGGUGCGUGGCGAAGCCGUCGGUGCCGGCGGCGAUCGUGCAGCAGGCCAUGGACUACGCGUGCGCGUCGGGCGCCGACUGCGAGUCCCUCCAGGCGGACGGCGCCUGCUUCAAGCCGGACACCAUGACGUCCCACGCCUCCUACGCCUUCAACAGCUACUGGCAGCGCGCCAAGUCCACCGGCGCCACCUGCGACUUCGGCGGCACCGCCAUGCUCAUCACCAAGGACCCGAGCUAUGACAACUGCCAUUACAGUGUGAUGUGAAGAGCAAACAACCUCCCCACAGAUGCAACAGAUGCCAUGAAUGGUGUAUGAUUUUGGAAGCUGGACACCAUUUUCUGCUCAAGUUCAGAGGAAGUAGUGCAGAUAUAUAUACAUGCAUGUAGGCUGUUUUGAAUGUGAGCAUGUUCAUUUUGUGAAUGUACCCAUCUAACUUUUGCUUCCUUUUGACUCAUAUUAUUUUGUAUAAUUCUGAAUAAUGCUAUAUGUAAUGUAAUUUUCCAUCUUCAUGAAUUU